AAAUUCCCCUAUGGACGUAAAAGUCAUACGUCCCUGUCAAAAACCCGAAGAUAGUAACUAAUUCGGCCCCGAAACGAACUGAAACGGACUAAAAUUAGUCGUUUUUUGUGAUAUGUCUGGCUAAAACUAGUUUAAAAGUUCCGCACGGAAGUCCGCUUCCAUCAUAAAAGAGAUCGGUGAAGAGACCGAAAGGUUACGCGAACACCAAUUCAGGUUAGUGACAGUUUCUUCGGAAACGAACCGAUAUCUUCCACCGUUUUUAUCAUGCCGCUGUUCGGCAAAUCACAAAAAAGUCCCGCGGACGUUGUCCGAGCCCUUAGAGAGUCUGUGAGUGCACUCGAAAAAGGUGGCGAAAAGAAGGUCGAAAAAGCUCAGGAAGAUGUCAGUAAAAACCUGGUUUUGAUUAAAAACAUGCUCUACGGGACUUCAGAUGCUGAGCCCCAAACGGAUAUUAUCGUCGCCCAGCUCGCCCAAGAGUUAUACAACAACAAUUUAUUACUGUUGCUGAUACAAAAUUUGAAUAAAAUCGAUUUUGAGGGAAAGAAAGAUGUUGCUCAGGUGUUCAAUAAUGUUUUACGCAGACAAAUUGGUACUAGAUCGCCUACGGUUGAAUAUAUUUGCACAAAACCAGAGAUUUUAUUUCAAUUAAUGGCAGGAUAUGAGACUCAGGAAAUAGCCUUAAAUUGUGGUACUAUGUUGAGGGAAUGUGCUAGGUAUGAAGCAUUGGCUAAAAUCAUGUUAAACUCAGAAGAUUUUUAUAAGUUUUUUACAUAUGUGGAGGUCUCAACGUUUGAUAUUGCCUCUGAUGCCUUUUCAACAUUUAAGGAAUUACUAACUCGACAUAAAAUACUUUGCGCCGAAUUUUUAGAUGCUAAUUACGACAAAGUGUUCAGCCACUAUCAAAGACUUUUAAAUUCGGAAAAUUAUGUCACUCGUAGGCAGAGCUUGAAAUUACUUGGGGAACUUUUAUUAGAUAGGCAUAAUUUCACGGUUAUGACAAGAUAUAUAUCAAAUCCAGAAAAUUUAAAACUUAUGAUGAUGAUGUUAAAAGAAAGAUCGAGAAAUAUUCAAUUUGAAGCCUUCCAUGUUUUUAAGGUAUUUGUGGCAAAUCCAAAUAAGCCAAAACCAAUUUUAGACAUCUUAUUAAGAAAUCAAGAUAAACUCGUGGAUUUUUUGAUGAAAUUCCAUACGGAUCGAGCGGAAGAUGAGCAAUUCAACGAUGAAAAGGCCUAUUUAAUUCGACAGAUACAAGAAUUACGACCGGUAGCGGGACAUUAAUCUAACAAAAAAAUCGUAAGGACCACCACACCUUUCCCUAUAUUAAAAAACAAGAAACGUUUUUUCCCCUCUAAAAUAUUCUUCUUCUCAUCUUAAUCUUAUAAUAAUCUAUAGUUAUCGUUUUGUUAAUUUUGUUAACGUUUACGUAACAACCAUCCUCGCCGAUUUUAGAAAAAGAUGUUACGUUGCAGUUAUUAUUAUUAUUAUUAUUUUUUAAUUCGGUUUUUUUUCUUUAGACAAAAAUGAUUUUUUUAAGAAACAACGUAACGUCGCUUGGUUUUUAUCGCAUUUAGUUUGUAGUGUUAAGUUUGUUAUACGAUGUUAUUUUAUAUCGUUAACGAAAUCAAAAUGAAGAGAAAUAUAAUUUGAUGAUAAUAAAUAAUAUUUACGGAAAAAAUUCAUGAAUUUAAUAAAAAAGAAAAUGCGAGUAAUCGAAUAAUUUUUUUUAUUUUAUUGCUAAUAUUUUUUUUUUAGAGAAACAUAUCUAUACGCCACGUGCAAAAAUACAUCAAAAAUUGAACUAAAAUAAUAGUAUUUUCAAUAUUUCCUUAAAAUAAAACUUUAGAGAGCUAUUCUUCGUCCUAUUAAUACAUAAACCCAUUUUUUGUGAAUGUGACAAAUAAAUUAACAUCAAUUAUUUCAAAAGAUGAAUAAAAGAAAAAUUUUCCAAGCAUUCUAAAUGUUUUAUUUUAUUGAAUAUAGAAUAUAUUGAUAAAAUAUCGAAAAAGGAGGACAAAAUUCGAAAUUAAUUAACACAGAAUUAGGGGUGCCUAUAAAGUGCUUAAAGUAUAGUUGAAGAAAAAGAACUAAUAAUAAUGUACACAUUUAUACAUAACAUAAGAGGUAAAUUAUCUUAAAUAAUCAAUUCUAAAAGAAAGUAAAAUAAAGUGGUUUUCUUUUCGUUUUAUUGCUACGUUUUUAACACUGAAUUAAUUUUGUUUACAUAAAAUUUAUACAACCAAGCAUUGAAAAGUUUUAACAAACUCAAUAUAACAGGUUUUGAAACGUUAAAUAUGACGUAGUAAUUAAACGAUAAGAAAAAAACUUUAUAUUUAAAGCUAAUAAAGUGAAAAAGAAAAUAAAAUAAAUAAUUAAUUAGAAAGAGAAGCAUAACUGAUAAACCGAACUAGUUUUCUAUAUUAUGGAUUUGUAUAAAAUAAAUAAUGCGAAUUGGGCACGAUUUUAUAGAAAGAGCGCGUAUUUUGUUAAAAGUUGAUACUUCUACUAAUAAUACAUAAUAAUCGAAAAAAAUAUGUUUACCAGGCACCUGUGAUUUUCCUAAAAAAAAAGAAAGAAAAGUAACGAUUCGAAAUAUAAUUAUGCAUUAAGUUGAGUCAAUUUCGUUUCGUUUACUACUUUUAUUUGAUCCCCUUCCAUUGGCUUAUAAAACAUCUUGGGACUUUUUUUUGUAAUUUUCUUCAAGAUUUCUCGAUGUGGAAUGUAAUGUAUAUAAAUAUAUAAACAAUAUGAAUAUAUUUACCCCGCUUUAA